CACACUAUUCAGUGCACUCUCUCUCACUCAAAAAACUCUCUGUUUCUCCCUCUAAACAAUGUGUCGAACACUUUGUGUUCAGGUUUAACAUUUUCAGCUAGCUGGCUGGGUAUCAAGUUUGUUUAUAAUACGUGCAUUUACUAGUUAUUAUUUCGAUGAUUACUGAUGGUUAUGCUAAGACGAUUGGAAUGCGAUCAAUGUUAGGAGGAAAUAGUAACGAUUUUAGCGAAGAGUUAGGGUUACUGAAUGAUCUAAGCAUUUAUAGAAGCGGUUCAGCUCCACCUACAGUUGAAGGAUCGUUGAAUGCUUUCAUAGGUAGAGGUGGUAGUAGUGAUUUUAGUGGACUUACAGAAGAGGAAUUAAGGUCUGAUCCAGCAUAUAUAUCGUAUUAUUACUCGAAUGUGAAUCUAAACCCUAGGUUACCGCCACCUCUUUUAUCUAAAGAGGAUUGGCGGUUGGCGCAGCGUAGUAGUGGUAAUUCACAGGCAUUAUUAGGGGGGAUUGGAGAUAGGAGGAAAGGAAUUAAUCGCGGUGGUGAUGAUGGUGAUAAGGAAUCGCUUUUUUCAAUGCCGAUGGGAUUUGGUGUGAAAAAUGGAGAAAAUAAUGGAAGUGAGUGGGGUGGUGAUGGACUUAUUGGAUUGCCUGGAUUAGGAUUAGGAAGUCGACAGAAGAGCGUAAGUGAGAUGAUUCAGGAUAAUAUGAGCCAGACAACAUCGAGGCAUCCAUCACGUCCUGCUUCCCGCGCAUAUGAUGAUAUUGUUGAUCCUUCUGAGUCCCAAUUUGCUCAUCUCCAUCAUGAUAUGGCAUCUUUGGAUGCAUUACAUUCUCGGGGAAAGGUUCAAGGCAUGUCUACCCUCCAGAAUGUCAGCUCAGCACUGUCACGAAGUACCACCCCUGAUCCUCAGCGUGUGGCUAGAGCUCCUAGUCCUCGUAUUCCUUCUGCUGGAGGAGGGAGGAUGGCAUCACUAGAGGAUGUUUCAUCUCAUAUGGGUGAGCAUGCUGAUUUGGCUGCUGCUUUGUCUGGCAUGAGUCUUAAUAUGGGAGAUGAAGGGAAACAUCAAAAGUCUCAAAUUCAUAAUGAAAUUGAUGAUCAUCAGAACCUCUUCCGAUUGCAGAAUGGUCAGAAUCCUAUGAAGCAACAUCCGUAUGCAAAAAAGUGUGCAGGUUCCUCUGCUGCAUACUUGAUAGGGCCCUCUACGCCAACUCACAACGGUGGAGGAAAUUCUCCAUCUCAAUAUCCAACUGUCGAUAGCCCUAAUUCAGCGUUUUCUGCUUAUGCUUUAGGUGGUUAUGGUAUGAACCCUUCAUCACCGUCCAUGUUUGAAAACCAGCUUGGGGCUGGUAAUUUUCCUUCCGUAUUGGGAAAUGUAGCUUCUCCGGUGGGUGCAUGUGGAAUUGAUGCUCGUGUAAUGGGAGGCGGUUUGAGUCUGGGUCCUAAUUUAAUGGCUGCAGCAGCUGAACUGCAGAAUCUUAAUAGACUCGGUAAUCAGACCUUGGGAGGCUCUCAAAUGUCUCAGGUUGAUCCGUUGUACCUACAACAGUACUUGAGGUCAACUGAGUAUCUUGCUGCUCAACUAGCAGCUCUCAAUGAUCCAACGGUUAAUAGGGAAUCUUUGGGGACUUCAUACAUGGAUUUGAUUGAGCUUCAGAAAGCUUAUCUUGAGACGUUGCUUGCAUCCCAAAAAUCACAAUAUGGUCUUCCUUAUCUUGGCAAAUCCGGUGGCUUAAAUCAUGGUUACUAUGGGAACCCAGCACUUGGCCUUAAUAUGUCAUAUCCUGGAAGCCCUUUGGCAGGUGCAGGUCUUCCAAAUUCCCCAUUUGGACCUGGUAGUCCUGUAAGGUAUGGGGAAAGAAACAUGCAUUUUCAUUCAGGGAUGAGAAACUUAGCUGGUGGUGUCAUGGGUGCUUGGCCUUCCGAGUCUAUUUCUAACUUGGGUGAAACCUUUGCUUCCUCGUUACUAGAUGAGUUUAAGAGCAAUAAGAGUAAGUGUUUUGAGCUAUCAGAAAUUGAAGGACAUGUUGUUCAGUUCAGUGCGGACCAGUAUGGGAGUCGGUUCAUUCAACAAAAACUUGAGACUGCUACCAUAGAAGAGAAAAACAUGGUCUUCCAUGAAAUUAUGCCGCAAGCCCUUUCUUUGAUGACUGAUGUGUUUGGUAAUUAUGUGAUCCAGAAGUUUUUCGAGCAUGGAAGUUCAUCCCAGAUAAGAGAACUGGCUGACCAGCUCGAUGGGCAUGUACUCACCCUUAGCCUUCAGAUGUAUGGUUGCCGUGUAAUCCAGAAGGCCAUAGAGGUGGUUGAUCUGGAUCAACAGACUAAAAUGGUCGCUGAGCUUGAUGGCCAUGUUAUGCGCUGUGUUAGAGAUCAGAAUGGGAAUCAUGUAAUCCAGAAGUGCAUCGAAUGCAUUCCAGAGGAUGCUAUCCAGUUCAUCGUUUCCACAUUUUACGAUCAAGUUGUGACAUUGUCCACCCAUCCGUAUGGAUGUCGGGUCAUACAGAGAGUCUUGGAACAUUGCCAUAAUCCUGAAACCCAGAGCAUUGUGAUGAAUGAGAUUUUGCAAGCAGUUUGCAUGUUGGCGCAAGAUCAAUAUGGAAAUUAUGUUGUUCAGCAUGUACUGGAACACGGGAAGCCUGAAGAGCGUUCUUUAAUAAUUAGUAAGCUGAAGGGACAGAUAGUUCAGAUGAGCCAGCAGAAAUUUGCCUCCAAUGUUGUGGAGAAGUGCUUAAGCUUUGGAACUCCCGAAGAACGUCAGACCUUGGUAAAUGAGAUGAUUGGCACCACUGAUGAAAAUGAACCUCUUCAGGCGAUGAUGAAAGAUCAGUUUGCGAACUAUGUAGUACAGAAAGUGCUGGAGACUUGUGAUGACCAGCAACUUGAACUCAUUCUCAACCGAAUCAAGGUUCAUCUAAAUGCUCUGAAGAAAUAUACUUACGGAAAGCAUAUAGUUGCCCGUGUAGAGAAACUGGUUGCUGCUGGAGAGAGGAGGAUCAGCUUCCUGGCGUCAUAUUCUGCUGCUGCUUAGAUGGUGUAGGAAGGAAAAUUGUACAGCUAACUGAGGCUAGAACGAGUAACCCUCGUCUUUGUUUUCGUGUCCAGAGCUUUAGCUCUACCUCUUGCUGAUGGAACUUGUGCUAAAAAUAAAAAUGUAUGUGGUGUUUGUAACAUUGUACAUUAUAGUUUUGAGGUAUAUCUAUAUAAGCAGGUUAACUGUGAGGCUCAGAUGGUAAACAUACCUGAUGCCCCUGCCGCGGAAAAUAGAGUAACUGUACAAGGGUGUAAAGAAAGAAAAAAACUGUAGUGCGAUUUUCUUCUUAGAGACUGUACAAAAUGUUGCCAUGUGCAGAGCCUGUUGUUUUAGGUAGCAAAUUAUAAUGUAUGGAUGGAUAAUUAUCUUUUUUUUUUUUUUGGUUAUAGAGUAACUCUUUUCCCUCA